ACUGAUUUGAUUCAAUAUUUUUGGUGUGUGGAUUACGGAAGCUUACAGGGAUUUGCCUGUGUGUGAUAACUUUCUUUAAAAAUUGGUUUUGGAUGAGAUGAACUGAUUUUUGUUGUUUGUAUUGAGUUGGGUUAGCCAAACAUGGAGACUUCAGUGAGGAAGUCAAGUUUAAUGACAGAAAUGACUGCCAUGAGGCACCGAGAAAUUACCAAACUCAAAUAUGGACAUUUGUUGCCAUGGAUGUAUAUUGUAAAUGGAUAUACCCCAGAAACUAACAUAACGGAAGUCCCAACGACCCCUGACAUCUCCUUACGAUGUGAUCGCUGCAAAAUCUACAUCAACCUACGAUCCCUGCGCGAACAUCGCAUCUACCAUGAUGCUUUGGAGGUUAUGAAGUAUCAAGGCAAAAAUAAACCCACAUCUGUAGAUGGCCUACGAAAAAGACGACAGAUUAUUAUACGAAAGCUUCGAGAAGAAAAAGAAACUCGCAAACAACUGCAAGCUAUUCAGGAAAUAAAUGAUGCAUAUGAAUACCUAAAGGCGGAGGUUCAGGGAACUUUUGAAAUGGAGCGACAGAAUCGCGAGGAGAUCAACACUAAUGUACAUGGCAUGGCGGUCAACUGUAGUCCAUCCUGUGUUUUCGCUGUUGGCUUCUGUUCUUCUCAAAAUGAAAGAUGGAAGAGUUACAUGGAAGACACAAAAGUAUUCCAGGACAGCUUUGGGGAGGACAAGAACAAGUGUUACUUCGGGCUGUUUGACGGUUACCAUGGGAGAUUUGCUGCUGACAUGGCAGCUACUGAACUACACCAUCUUCUGCUGAAUGAAAUGGCAAAGUUUGAUCCCAGAACCAAGUCAACCGCAGCCACAAAUAUCCUGGACACUACGGAUGUGGAACAGUACUCGUUUGAGCGCCCAGACACGAAGGAGAGUGAGCGUGUAACACUUCACGAGAAGAGCGUGGAUAUUGUCCAACAAAUCGUCAACAUGUGCGAGGAUAAGUACGAGGAACUCAUCACGCCUCGACGAUCAAAGUCCGGCAAGCAGGAUGCACAUAAAGACGAACAGAAAGAAAACAGGAAAAAGAAGCAGAAGGCACCAUUCACAAUCAAAAUGGAAUCCGCUCUUGCCAAGUCUUACUACUUAACAGACAUCUUGUUGUCCUAUGGUAAAGAUGAAAGGUCAAAGGUCAGAUGGAGUGGAUGUUCAGCAGUUACCUUGGUGAUACAGAGUGGGGAGAAGCUUGAACACGGGAAUGGGAUUUCACCGGUGGCAGAGGAGGAUGAGGAAACAAAGAGCGAUGUGUACAUGUCCCGGCCCCCCACCCUGGAGAACAAGCUUGAUCAAUCACAGCCAGCUAGCACCUUGGGGUACGAUCCACCCCAGGAAAUGGGCAUGAUCUACCUUGCCAAUGCAGGAAACGUUCGUGGAGUACUGGUGAGGGCCAAUAAGGCAUACACCCUGACUAAGGACCAUACCCCCAAAAAUGAGAAGGAGAAGAAUCGGGUCACCAAGGCCGGAGCGGACAUCAGUUUGAGUGAGAAAGAGAUGAGGGUGAAUGGAGUUGUAGCCACCACAAGGGGUCUAGGUAACCAUGGUGAUGUGGCACUGAAGAAGAGUGUGAUUGUUGAGCCCCACACAAUGUCAGUGGCGGUGGACCAGUACUGUCAGUUUCUGCUGCUGGCCUCGCAUGGAGUCUGGGAGGUGUUCACUGAAACAGAGGCCACCAAUCUACUGCUGAAGUUACUUCCAAGCAACUUUAUUCCUGCCCCAAGUAAAAUAAGCACCACCCUGAGGCCUCUAAUAGAUGAGUCUAACAGUCAGGCCAACAUCUCGUUGAUAACACAGACCCCACGGAGAGUUUCCUUCUCCGAACCGGCAGAAGAUCGGCUAAAGAUGUCUCCGCGCGCCUCUACAAUGCUCACAGAUCUGGCUAAAAAUACAGUGGAUGAGGACAUGAAGACGGAGAACGGCAGCCAUGUUGGUCCGUUUGAAGAGGAGUCUGGGAACGAGGCAGAUGUAGAUACUUAUGGUGACUUCAUGUCGUUGCCUAGCAACUCACGUCUGUCCAACUACAAUCCUUCCAUGUCUAGGGAACAUUUCCAGAGGGACCUUUCCCGCACAAUGGCGGAGCAUCUGGUUCAGGCGGCUCUAUUGGCCGGGGCAAAGGACAACGUCACAGCUAUGAUCAUUCUAUUACCGGGCUGUGGAGUUUAGCUUAUUGAUACCAAGGAAGAUAAAUCUUUCUAUAAAUGUUUCUUUACAAAGACUGUGAUAAAAUAUGUGAUAAUUAUUGACAGAUUGGAUUUUUAUUCUAACUGUUUUAAGAUUGCAAUGUGCAUAAAUAUCCAAAUUGAUAUUUUUAAACAAAUUAUUUAUUGUGCAUCAUAUAUAUACACAUGUUUAUUGUAUUUACUGAAAAGAGUAAAUGUAUGAAAAAAGA